UUCUCAAAGCUGCAUGUGCCCUCUUCAAAAAUCAGGUUGUAUUGCAGCCAAUGCAGGUUAAUCAGUUACCUACUCUACACCCACUCUCUGUUUAAGAGACGUUUUAGACUUGUUUCCCCGAUAAGUGUAGAUUUGAGCAGCCGUCAUGUUGAAGGAAGCCUUUUCCUACGUUCUGUACUUCUACAGCCUUUUGCAUCAGACCGUCUUUCCCUGCUCGUUUCCUGAGCUGCUGCCAGUGACGAGCGUCAACCGUCAGCAGUAUCUGGGGAAAUGGUACUUCAAGGCAGCAGUCAGCCACAGAGAGGCCGACAUCCAUAAGUUCAAAGCGCUGGACAACGUUGUGUUCACCAUGGAGGAGACGGGCAACAACACGCUGCUGCUGACCGGACACAUGCGCAUUGGAGAUGACUGUGUGAAACAGACCUGGACCUACCACGUACACACUGGGAGGGAGGAUAUGGAACUGGAAGGGAGGCCCCAAAGAAAGAACCUGCUGUGGAGUGGCAAGUGGGCCAAAUGUCAGGACUGCAUCAUCUUCCAGGAAGUUGAGCCGCCGCUGAAUGAGUCGGGCACCGUGGACUCCCUCAACAGGCACAUGCUCUAUGCUCGACAGAAGGACAACGCUGAGAUGGUGACAACAUUCCUGGAAAACGCAGCGUGCAGUAACAUGCAUGCGAGCGUGAGGCCGCGUCAGGAGAAAGAGUUCUGCGCCUAGUUAUCGACACAGAGGUCGGCACCAAACUUCACGCUCAACUGCGUCUGAUGGUUGAAAUGACAGCGCGGAUGAUCAUCACAUAGUUUCAUGUUUUCUCUGUGUGCAAGUGGAACAAAUAAAAGUCCAGAAUCUUAAUUUCA